AUGAAUUAUCUAGCUUCAAAGAUAACGCUUCUCGCAUUAUUAUUUUCUAGUAUUGCAUCUGCACAAAGUUCAUGUAACCCUUUGUCCGCCACAUCAUGUAGUCCAGAUAAAGCAUUGGGUACGAGCAUAUCAGACUCAUUCGACGAAGAAUCUCAAUAUUUCCACAAUAUUACACAUGUUGGCUCAAUUACUUACUCUGAUUCUGGUGUCGCCAUGACAUUGGCGGAGCAAGGUGAUAAUCCAACUAUACAAUCAGAUUUUUAUAUCAUGUACGGUAAAGUUGAAGUCGUCCUUAAAGCUGCUAACGGUACUGGUAUUGUCUCCUCUUUCUAUUUACAAAGUGAUGAUUUGGACGAAAUUGAUAUUGAGUGGUUUGGUGGCGACACUACUCAAUUUCAAUCAAAUUAUUUUUCUAAAGGUAAUACUACAACUCACGACAGAGGUGAAUAUCAUGGUGUCUCUACUCCUCAAGAUACUUUCCACAAUUAUACAAUUGAUUGGGCCAUGGAUAAAACUACUUGGUAUUUAGAUGGCUCAAGUGUGAGAGUAUUAGAGAACUCUACGAGUGAAGGCUAUCCACAAUCCCCAAUGUUCAUAAAAUUCGGUAUUUGGGCAGGUGGUGAUCCUGAACUUGAUGAAGAAGGUACCAUCGAAUGGGCCGGUGGAGAAACUGAUUACUCCCAAGGUCCUUUUACAAUGUACAUCGAAAAGGUCAUAGUUACAGAUUAUUCAACCGGUUCUCAAUACUCUUACAGUGAUCAAAGUGGUUCAUGGGAAUCAAUUGAGGCCACUGAUGGUGAAGUUUAUGGAAGGUACGAAAAAGCUCAAGUCGAAUUUGCUGAAUUGACUAACGGUGAAUCACUUUCUUCCGAUGAUGAUACUACUAGUGUAUCAUCGGCAACCUCUUCAACCCUCUCCAGAAGUACUGCUAGUAGUUCUGUCGAAUCUUCUUCAAGUUCAACCACAACGAUCUCUUCUACACUAAAGAGCAGUACAAGUAAGAAAUCAGCAGCAACCACUUCUUCUCGCACUGGUACUAGUUCUAGUGUAAAGAAGACAUCUACAACUACACCAUCAACCAAAUCUGAAACGUACAAGUCUACAUCAUCUGCUACUUCAAAUGAGGUAACAUCUACAGUCACCGAAUCAUCCUCAUCUGCUACUAAGUCAGCCUCAUCUACAUCUUCAAGUUUGACCAGUACAGCUUCAGUGCAAGAAGGUUCAGGUUCAGGAAAUCACUCAAAAUUAAAUUUUCUUGAAGCGAUUACCGCAUAUAUUAUUAUCACAUUCUCCAUUAUAUACUAG